UAUCAUCUCCUCCCCACCUAUCAUGGUCACGUUAUAAGGACCAACCCAACACCACCCAAAGUGAGGAAGAGAGAAGAAGGCAGGCAGCCUGCUCACUUGACAAAACACCACAAAGGACCAGCUAGCCAAGCAGCCAGCCAGAGCGCGAAACAGAGCAAAGCAGAGGAGCUUUGUGGUCUCUACGAGAUGUCUAGCGACCCCGACGAGAUCAAGGCUCGGGUCGUCCUCGUCGACGCCGGCGCCGCCGACGAGUGGGCCCGCCCCGAGCUCCAGGCCUUCCAUCUCCCUUCCACCUCCUCUUCCCAUUCCCCACAGCACUUGUUCCAACCACAACCAGACGCAGAGCAAUCCACGCCGGCACAGGCUCCGGCGGCCAACAACAAUGCUUCCAGCCCUCCUCCUCCUCGGUCGCCGCUGGAGACAGAGCAGCAGGCUCCUAGUCCCAGCAAUGCCGCCAAGGCCUCCGGCUCCGGCGACUCGAGCUCGAGCUCGAAGCCGCACCCUCCGUUGCCGGCGGCGGCGCUGCGGGACCUGUUCCGGUUCGCGGACGGGCUGGACCGCGUGCUCAUGGCCGUCGGCACGCUGGGCGCGCUGGUGCACGGCUGCUCGCUGCCCGUGUUCCUUCGCUUCUUCGCGGACCUCGUCGACUCCUUCGGCUCGCACGCCGGCGACCCGGACACCAUGGUGCGCCUGGUCUCCAAGUACGCGCUCUACUUCCUCGUGGUGGGCGCCGCCAUCUGGGCCUCGUCGUGGGCCGAGAUCGCGUGCUGGAUGUGGACCGGCGAGCGGCAGUCGGCCCGGAUGCGGGUCCGCUACCUCUCCGCGGCCCUGGCCCAGGACGUCUCCUUCUUCGACGCCGACGGCGCUCGCACCUCGGACGUCAUCUACGCCAUCAACGCGGACGCCGUGGUGGUGCAGGACGCCAUCAGCGAGAAGCUGGGCAGCCUCAUCCACUACAUGGCCACCUUCGUCUCCGGCUUCGUCGUCGGCUUCACCGCCGCCUGGCAGCUCGCGCUCGUCACGCUCGCCGUCGUGCCGCUCAUCGCCGUCAUCGGCGGGCUCACGGCGGCCACCAUGGGGAAGCUCUCGUCAAGGGCCCAGGACGCGCUUUCCGAGGCCAGCAACAUCGCGGAGCAGGCGCUGGCGCAGGUGCGCGCCGUGCAAUCCUUCGUAGGCGAGGAGCGCGUCGCCAGGGCUUACUCGGCGGCGCUCGCCGUGGCGCAGAGGAUCGGGUACAAGAACGGCUUCGCCAAGGGGCUCGGGCUCGGUGGGACCUACUUCACCGUGUUCUGUUGCUACGCCUUGCUGCUCUGGUACGGCGGGCGGCUCGUCCGCGGUGGACACACCAACGGUGGGCUCGCCAUCGCCACCAUGUUCUCCGUCAUGAUCGGCGGCCUGGCUCUGGGGCAGUCGGCGCCGAGCAUGGCGGCGUUCGCCAAGGCUCGGGUGGCGGCGGCGAAGCUGUACCGGAUCAUCGACCACAAGCCGGCGACGGCGACCUCGGAGGGCGGCGUGGAGCUGGAGGCGGUGACGGGGCGGCUGGAGCUGGAGAAGGUGGAGUUCGCGUACCCGUCGCGGCCGGAGGUGGCGGUGCUCCGGGGGCUGUCUCUAACGGUGCCGGCGGGGAAGACGGUGGCGCUGGUGGGGAGCUCGGGGUCGGGGAAGAGCACGGUUGUGUCGCUCAUCGAGCGCUUCUACGAGCCCAGCGCCGGGAGGGUGACGCUGGACGGCGUCGAGCUCAAGGAGCUCAACCUCCGGUGGCUGAGGGCGCAGAUCGGGCUGGUGAGCCAGGAGCCGGCGCUGUUCGCCACCACCAUUAGAGAGAACCUGCUGCUGGGCAGGGAAGGGGAGGCGUCGCAGGUGGAGAUGGAGGAGGCCGCCAGGGUCGCCAACGCACAUUCCUUCAUCAUCAAGCUCCCCGACGGCUACGACACCCAGGUGGGCGAGCGCGGGCUUCAGCUGUCGGGCGGUCAGAAGCAGCGGAUCGCCAUCGCCCGGGCGAUGCUCAAGAACCCGGCGAUCCUGCUCCUGGACGAAGCCACCAGCGCGCUGGACUCGGAGUCGGAGAAGCUGGUGCAGGAGGCGCUGGACCGCUUCAUGAUCGGCCGGACCACGCUGGUGAUCGCGCACCGGCUCUCCACCAUCCGCAAGGCCGACCUGGUCGCCGUCCUCGGCUCCGGCGUCGUCUCCGAGUCCGGCGCCCACGACGAUCUCAUCUCGCGGGGCGACUCCGGCGCCUACGCGAACCUCAUCCGCAUGCAGGAGCAGGCCCACGACGCCGCGGCGAGGCGCAGCAGCGCGCGCCCUUCCAGCGCACGCAACUCCGUCAGCUCCCCGAUCGCCAUGAUGCAGCGCAACUCCUCCUAUGGCAGGUCCCCUUACUCCCGUCGCCUCUCCGACUUCUCCGCCUCCGACUUCGGCCUCUCUUCCUCCGUCGUCGUGAUGCAGCAGCACGACGUCCAUGGGGGCGGCAUGAUGAAGAAGCUGGCGUUCAGGGCGCAGGCGAGCUCAUUCUGGCGGCUGGCCAAGAUGAACUCCCCGGAGCUCGGGUACGCGCUGGCGGGUUCCCUGGGCUCCAUGGUGUGCGGCUCCAUGAGCGCCGUCUUCGCCUACAUCCUGAGCGCCGUGAUGAGCGUCUACUACUCCCCCGACCCGGCGCACAUGGACCGGGAGAUCGCCAAGUACUGCUACCUCCUCAUCGGCAUGUCCUCCGCCGCCCUGCUCUUCAACACGGUGCAGCACCUCUUCUGGGACACCGUCGGGGAGAACCUGACGCGCCGGGUCCGCGACGCCAUGCUCGGCGCCGUGCUCCGGAACGAGAUGGCGUGGUUCGACGCCGAGGCCAACGCCAGCUCCCGCGUCGCCGCCAGGCUCGCCCUGGACGCCCACAACGUGCGCUCCGCCAUCGGCGACCGGAUCUCCGUCAUCGUCCAGAACUCGGCGCUCAUGCUCGUCGCCUGCACGGCGGGGUUCGUGCUCCAGUGGCGCCUGGCGCUCGUGCUGCUGGCCGUGUUCCCCCUCGUGGUGGCCGCCACUGUGCUGCAGAAGAUGUUCAUGAAGGGCUUCUCGGGGGACCUGGAGGGGGCACACGCCAGGGCCACGCAGAUCGCCGGGGAAGCCGUGGCCAACGUGCGCACCGUGGCGGCGUUCAACUCGCAAGGGAAGAUCACCAGGCUCUUCGAGGCCAACCUCCAGGUGCCGCUGCGAAGGUGCUUCUGGAAGGGGCAGAUCGCCGGGGUCGGCUACGGGGUGGCGCAGUUCCUGCUGUACGCGUCCUACGCGCUCGGGCUCUGGUACGCGGCGUGGCUCGUCAAGCACGGCGUGUCCGACUUCUCCAGCACCAUUAGAGUCUUCAUGGUGCUCAUGGUCUCCGCCAACGGCGCCGCGGAGACGCUGACCUUGGCGCCUGACUUCAUCAAGGGCGGCCGCGCGAUGCAGUCGGUGUUCGAGACGAUCGACCGGGAGACGGAGAUCGAGCCGGACGACCCCGACGCGGCGCCGGUGCCGGAGCCGGAGAAGAUGAGGGGCGAGGUGGAGCUCAAGCACGUGGACUUUUCGUACCCUUCCCGCCCAGACAUCCAGGUCUUCCGUGACCUCAGCCUCCGUGCCCGGGCCGGGAAGACGCUGGCCCUCGUCGGCCCAAGCGGCUGCGGCAAGAGCACCGUGCUGUCGCUCAUCCUGCGCUUCUACGACCCGAGCUCCGGGCGGGUGAUCGUGGACGGGAAGGACAUCCGCAAGUACAACCUCAAGGCGCUGCGGCGGGCGGUGGCGCUGGUGCCGCAGGAGCCGUUCCUCUUCGCCGGCACCAUCCACGACAACAUCGCCUACGGCAAGGAAGGCGCCACGGAGGCGGAGGUGGUGGAGGCGGCGGCGCAGGCCAACGCGCACAAGUUCGUGUCCGCACUGCCGGACGGGUACAAGACCAAAGUCGGGGAGCGCGGCGUGCAGCUCUCCGGCGGGCAGCGGCAGAGGAUCGCCAUUGCCAGGGCGCUGGUGAAGCAGGCAGCCAUCAUGCUGCUGGAUGAGGCGACGAGUGCCCUGGACGCUGAGUCGGAGAGGUGCGUGCAGGAGGCGCUCGGCAGGGCGUCCAGCGGGAGGACGACGGUGGUGGUGGCGCACCGGCUGGCCACCGUCAGGGCCGCGCACACCAUUGCCGUGAUCGACGACGGGAAGGUGGCGGAGCAAGGGUCGCACGCGCACUUGCUCAACCAUCACCCUGACGGAUGCUAUGCUAGGAUGCUGCAGCUGCAGAGGCUCACCCCGGCCGCCGGACCUUCCUCUUCUGUUGCUGCUGCUGCCACGGCCAGCCUCUCUUGAUCCGUUGCAUUAUUCUUCCCUUUUGAUUUACUACUUACUAGGAAUUUAGGAUUGUCUUUCUUCAUCUUUUUUCUAUGGCUGCUCCUGCCUGGUUCUCUAUGAUGAUCACUGUGAUGAGAUUACAGCAGAGAACACAACACGAUCAGUCAAUCAGAUUGAUCGAUCGAACCUUGUAAUUAGAUGAUGGACACAGCGCCGCGAUUCAUCCAUCCCCAAUAAUGCAAGCAUGUUUGGGUGAUCUGUGUACUUAGCCUUGCUUAUUUGUUUGUCAUCAACAAAGAAUUAGAGAAACAA